AUAUCACACCAUUUUUCUUCUUUCUUCUCCUUUUCCUUUUCUCUCUUUCCCUCAUGUAUUUAUACGUAACAACAUCAACAUCUUCAUAUAUAUAAUUAUAUAUAUCUAUACAUAUAUUUAUAUGUUUCACCCACCCUCAUCACUGUUCUUUUUCUUAAUUUUCUUCGUUUUUUCCUCCCAACUUUUGAUCCAAAAAUCCAAACGAAGAUCUGGGUUUUCUUCCGAAGACGAAGAUCAAUAAUGGGUUCGCUUCCUUCUGAACUCAGUUUGGAUUUUAGACCCACUUUUGUGCCUAAAACGAUCACCGAUUUCUUCAAAGAGGUUUCGAUGAUCGGAAAUGUGUCCGAAAGGGUCUCGAAGCUUAACGAUUUUAUCAAAAGUUUGGAGGAUGAAAUGAGGAAGAUCGAUGCCUUCAAACGAGAGCUUCCUCUCUGUAUGAUUCUCUUGAAAGAUGCCAUUGUAGCUGUGAAGGAGGAGUCAAUGCAAUGUGCAGUUCUUAAAACCCAACCAGUUUUGGAAGAGUUCAUACCUCUAAAAAAAGAACACGAUGAAGAAGAAGAUGAUUUCAAGAAACGAAAAGAUUAUAAGGAUCAGAAGAAUUGGAUGAGCUCUGUUCAGCUUUGGAACUCUAAUACUAAUUACACCUAUGAUCGAAAACGAGAUUCCAAAUUUGAAACUAAGAGAAAUGAGAAAGGAGGCCCUGUAGUGACACAAGUUCCAUUGCAAUCUUGUAGAAAUAAAAAUGGAGAGAAGAUCCAUAUGCCAUUUAAGCCAUCUUAUCCCAUGUUCCCUUCAGCCAUGGCUGUGAGGAAGGAGAAUAAGGAGGAAUUCCCUAUUCAUGGGCUCUCUCUUUGCACUCCAGGAAUAAAAAAUCCAAUAGAGGAAUCAGCUUCUACUGGUUCAAGAACGAGUGGGACUAGAGCUGUUUCAUCUUCCACUCUGACUGCUUCAGUGAAUUUGCAAAGUGGAAUGCAGCAGCAGAAACAGCAGUGCUCUCGCAAGCAGAGGAGAUGCUGGUCGAAGGAGUUGCAUCGACGUUUUGUUAGUGCCUUGCAGCAACUGGGGGGCUCACAGGUGGCCACGCCAAAGCAGAUUCGAGAACUUAUGCAGGUAGAUGGCCUCACCAACGACGAAGUGAAGAGCCAUCUGCAGAAAUUCCGACUGCACGCAAGAAGACUUCCAGCAUCUUCAGCCGCCCCUGCAAACCAAUCGGUAGUGGUUCUCGGGGGAUUAUUGGUGCCUCAAGAUCCCUACGGUGAUUCAUCAAAGGCUUGUAGUUCUCAAUCUGGCUCACCGCAAGGUCCGCUUCAGUUAGCAGGGACAGGAGGCGACAGCAUGGAGGACGAUGAUGACGUAAAAUCGGAGAGCUAUUGCUGGAAAAGCAGAAUACAAAAACCAGGAAAUGAAGAUGCAUAAGAUGUUUUUCCCACCAUGAAUUUUGAAAAUAAGAAGAUAUACAUGGGAGGUAGAGAAUUGAGGAUAAAAGUAAAAAAUAUAUAUAAAGUACAUAUUUAAAAAAAGGUGAAGGAUCUUGAGAGAUAGCAAGGGGGUCUGAAGUUUUGCAGAAUUAGUGUCCCUUCCCCUUUGAGUUAGAGUGCUACUGUUUAUCACUGUUAAAAUGGGACCAAAUGUUUGUAGGAAAUCCAUGUUUAUGUGAAAGAAAACCAAUUUGAUCAAAAAAAAAAAAAAAAAAAAAAAAAAAAAAAAAAAAAAAAAACUGAUGAUUAUAUAUAUAGAGGCUGAUAAAUUUUCUUUCAGGUCUUGGAUUUGAGUUCAAAGUUCAAUUGGUUGUAUUAUAAACAACCAAUUCCUUCUAGAGCACAUAGAUAUAAAAUGAGAUUACCAUAUUUAGACAA